AUGACAAGCCUGUCGAGGUUUAGUGGCUGCCCUCUUUCCUGCAUCAACCCCGGGGAGAGCAAUACUGAACCCAGCGUGGUGCUGCCACCUUUGGCAGGGGAGCACAUGGGGCACCCCACCGGCAGUUCCUUAAAACUCUGCCCCUCGCACAAUCUGCGAGACUACCCUGAGACGAGGGCCCGUGCAUAUGUUGACCACCACUCGGUUCCCCAUCUCCCAGACACGGGCUACAGCAACGGCCACCGGUUAGACGCCAGCCCUAGGGGCAUUAUCAUUGGGACAAACCUGACAGGAGCAAGCAUGCCACCAGUCACAGAUCAACUGGCAGCAGCGAGACCCAGCCAACAUGGCACCAGCACCGGGCGCUACCGUGACCUCUCCGGCUACAGGGAUGGCAGAAGUCACGCUUUCUUCACCACCUACCACCACGAGCAGGCCCACGGCUCCGCCGACACAGCUCGCGACUUCAGCAGCCAAGUCAUGUUGGGACUUCCCGGAGACCUGCUCUCAAGGGUUCACCCUUACAGCCAGGGCAUCACCACCGGGCCGAGGGGCAACGCCGGCCAGCAACUCGUCAGCCAGUUUCUAGGGCUCUACAAGCCGCUAAACAUGGCCAUGCAGCGGGCUGGAGGGGGUGGUGGUGGUGUUGGAGUCGGAGAUCCAUUCCUCAGGUGCUCUAGGCAACAUCCCAACAGCGAGCUGGUGUGUAAGUGGAGCGACGUCCAAUUGGGGGUUGGCGGGAAGCAGCCGUGUGCCAGGACGUUUGGGACCAUGUAUGAACUUGUCACCCAUGUCACGCUGGAGCACGUUGGCGGACCAGAACAGAACGAGUACGUGUGCCAUUGGGAGAACUGUCCGCGAGACAGUAAGCCCUUUAAAGCCAAGUACAAACUGGUGAACCAUGUCAGGGUGCACACAGGGGAAAAACCCUUUCCUUGCCCCUUCCACGGAUGUGAAAAAGUUUUCGCCAGAUCAGAAAAUCUGAAGAUUCACAAGCGAACACAUACAGGUGAGAAACCGUUUAAAUGCGAGUAUGAGGGCUGCAAUCGGAGAUUUGCAAACAGCAGCGACCGGAAGAAACACUCGCAUGUGCACUCCAGUGAUAAACCCUACACUUGCAAGGUCAGAGGAUGCGAGAAGUGCUAUACCCAUCCCAGCUCGCUUCGCAAACACAUGAAACUCCAUUGCAAGGCCUACAUGUCCAAAGUCAACGGCGAUGAGGGGCGCCCGGAGGAUGGGGAACACCUUGCCGAGGGCAGGUCACCCACAGCGGAGCGCCAAGAGGUGUCCUCCCCUCCCGCCUUGACGCGGGCUCCUCCACCGCCACUGCCACCACCCCAACCACUUCCACCGCCGCCACCAUCCACCUCCUCGCAUGUGGGCUCGCACUCCCCCGAGACACGCACCGAGGCGUCUCUAAGGUCACGUUUCCAUCACACGUUUGACAGCACUUUGGACUACUCCGCGCAUAGGUCACAGGCUCUCCUGGACCCUUUGUUGAUACAACGGAGCAAUUAUAGGCCCGAGCCCUCGCAGUAUCCAUGCGCACAGGCGAGCCAUUUCAGCCAAGCACACAGGACUUUUGCCAAUAGCUCACCUUUUCAGAAGAGUCUCGUUAACGGCUGGUACACCUGUCACAGUGGCGUGGACAAUUUUUCGUUAAAACAAUGUAAUGAGGAUAUGUGA